AACGAAAGCAGCCAUUCUUGUCCGAGUGUAUAUCGUGGAACCAACGGAGCUAGACUUCAUAGGUACAGUAGUGCUUCUAUUCCAAGUCUACAUUCGUUGCUGAAAUUGUCCUUACGUUAUAAGUAUCAGCUACUUUGUCGGCGGCCUCGGUAAACAAAGUCAAAAUCGUUUUUUUCGUUAUUAUCUCGCAUCGAAAAGGAUUUAUGCUAGAUCGCAAUCGCAGCACGUAACUGCUGUAUUCUGUGCCGACAGUUGAUUGUUUAAGCGAUAUACAGUCACGAUGUCUUUGAUUUCCAUUGGAGACGUUAGUGUAACUCCAUGCUGCACAUGCGUUGCGAAAUAUCAGUGGGACAUGCAUAACUUUUGGAUUUGCUGCAAGGAUUCCGAAGACAUGUUAGUUUCCCCAGAGUUUUUGGCGGCUCACGACAGCAGUCCCAUUAUUUGGAGCCAGCUGGCAUUCUACCCAAAAGGCAAGACAAACAAGUACAAUGCCUGUUUCUCAAUUUUCGUGAAGAUUAUCUCAAGGUGUGCCGAUGUCGAUAUAACAGAGGUUACAUUAUCGCUUUUCAACGACGAACACGAAUUAAUCAGCCGAGUAUUUAAACAGCCCACGCAUACCGAUGCGAGUCUAUGGGGUGCGGAGAAAUUUAUUCAUCGAAGUGUAGCCAAAGAGAAAGUAAUGAGUAAAAAGGAGCCUAACGAUAAUUUAACGAUUUAUCUCACAAUGAAGACAAAGAAGAGUCAAGGCUCAAUGGGCGUCCUACGGUUCGGUAAGCAUAUCGAAAGUAUAAACAAUGAUUAUGAAAAAUUGCUGAACAACGAAGCAUUCACUGAUAUCAAGCUGGAAAUUGUAGGAGAUAAAUCGAUUCGAGCCCACAGGAUUAUUCUUAGCAGAAGGAGCCCGGUCUUCAGCUUCAUUUUAAUGGGCCGGUUAAAUCAGGCACAAGAACAUAAAAUCGUUAGCGUCCCAAUCUAUAUUAGCUAUAAUGUUUGCUUGGAAAUGCUGCGUUUCAUGUAUACAGAAAGAGUGAACGAUAUGGACGCCAUCGCCGAUGAGCUUUUGAUCGCGGCUAGUGAAUACUGUAUCGAAGAUCUCAAGCGUUUAUGCGAGAUGAGUUUGAUAAAAAAUUUGAACGUGGACAACGUCAUACAGAGACUUGAACUUGCUCAUUCGUGUGGUGCCGAGACGCUGAAAGCUACGGCGAUUGGCUUUAUGGCUGUACACUCGGGUCUUUUGAUCCAAAAGAGGGAAUACCGAGCGAUGGCUACGGACGUUUCAUACGAAGUUUAUACGGCUCAUUAUAACAGGUUUACGUAAACUCUGUAUAUUUUAAUUAUGUUGCGUGGAAAUCUUAAGUUUUUAGUAUUAUAUAUGUCUUAGUUAUCUAUAACAUUUUUAACUUUUUUUUAGUUUAUUUCAAAUUUUGAAAAAAAUACUCUCAUCCUCUUGUGCUCGUGUAAAAACGUGGUUUUUAUUAGAGAGUGAGAAUGAUGAAAAUAGUAUUUGCGAUUAUUAUAAAAUUCAUUAGAAUCUGAAACGUGUAUUUUUUACGAAUAAUUAAUAAAAAUGUAAAGUAAGAUAA